CUGGGGCAACAGCAGCAUGGGAGGUGUCUACUCCAGUGAAAAGAUGGCAGAAAUUUUCUCCUAUGAGAGUUCAGAAAUCGACUGGUGUGAAGACAACUACAAACACUCUGAACAUGUAGUGGAGUACUUCAACACCAUGAGCAGCUUUUCUUUCUUCAUCAUUUCUCCCAUCAUGCUCUACCUUCUGCACCCUUAUGCCAAAGAGAGAAACUUGGCGAUUCACAUGGUCUGGACCAUGAUGAUAUUUGUAGGGCUCUUCUCAGCGUACUUCCACAUGACACUUAGUUUCGUUGGCCAGAUGUUGGACGAGCUGUCCAUCCUGUGGGUGUUGGCGGCGGGAUAUGCUUUCUGGUUCCCCCGCAGACACUACCCUUCUUUUAUAAAGGACAGGUCCACAUUUUCAAGCCUCGUCCUGGUGGUCACUGUCAUCUCCACAGUGUCAUCAUUUGUCAAACCUACAGCCAAUGCCUAUAUUUUAAACUGCUUUGGCCUCCAUUUGGCUUACGUUGUGGUCGUCGAGAUGAGAUGCUGCACUGACCAGAAGGUUCUGCGACUGGGCAAGCUGUCAGUGGCUCUGUGGGUGCUCGCCAUCUCCUGCUGGGUUAGUGACCGUUUUGGCUGCCGCUUCUGGCAGCGGCUAAACUUCUGCUACCUGCACGGUAUCUGGCAUAUUCUGAUUGUGAUAGCUGUGGCCUAUGCCAGCACCCUGAUUGCUUACCUGGAUGCCAACUAUGAGAUACCGUACUCUCUGCCUGGACUGCAGUACUGGCCCUGUGAUAAAUGGGCUGUUGGAUUACCUCACAUUGUCCUGAAGGGCACAACCAAAACACAGAAACGGUGCUAACACAGUUAAAGUCAUUUGUAACAUUGGCAGAACUUUUGUAUUGUACAGGAAUGGGAAACCAUCAAAAUGAUUUACACUAGUGACCUUUAUUCAGCCCUACCUUCUAACCUUAAAGACACAAUCUGUGAUUUAAAAGAGUUGCUUCACCCAGAACAAACUGAAAUCACGGUACUCUGACCUGAUCACUCCCAAAUAGAUUUUUUUUCUUUCUUUUACUACACAAACUUAACACAAGACAAAAACUUGCUAAAUCUAAAUUAAGAUUGAUUGAUCCUGUAAAAUGAUUGUUUACACCGUGGAUGGAUUACCAAAUGGGCCUACUGGGCACAGGCCUAUAGAGGCUCCCAGGGGGCCAGGAGGCCCUUAGACGGUCAGGCUCUGCAGUUUAUAACAGAACUAGUUCCACAGGAAUCUACACAAUGCAAUUAUUGUACCAAGGCACUCUCCAUUUAAAAACCCAGAACAGUUUAAAUAUACAAUACAGCAUAAGAUUAAAUAUAUAAAUUAUUCAAAAACAUGCAAGAACUAGGCCCAUCGUCUUAAGAUCCUUCCAUGUUUUACACCAAUGAUGAUUGUAGACACAGAGCUUAUACAAACUUAUAUCUUUAGUUGAGAAACACAAAAUACUUAUUUAUCAUUUAUCUAUCAAAGUUGAAAACAUCGUAUUUUUAAAUAUACCCAUUAUUUAUAUGUUACCAUUGAUGACUUUGAAACUUUAUCAUAUAGGUUUAUGCUUUUAAUAGCUUUUAAUAGCUUGCUUUUAUACGUUAUUUCCUGAGUGGAUUGCGUGGGGCUGGAAAUGACGUGGUGCCAAUUCUUUACUACCACCUGUGUCCACUUUGUGGCGCUAGAGAACACGCACCGAUCGUACUCAUGUUGCCGAGUAUGUGUAGACCACUCACUGUAGGUGACGCUAUGACUGUGACUCAAUGUGGGCGUUUAGAUGACUUCAGGUCUGGACUCUUAUCCAGCAUGUGAAAUGUAAAGUCAACUCAGGCGAAACAUGCAAAUUGCCCGGCUGGCCAUUGUAACACCGCUCCACAAAAAUACGAAAGCUUCACAAUUCAGCAUCGUGAAGGCCUUGAGAUUCUGCUGACCAAAUUUGGGGUGGAUCUGUUAAAUCGUCAAGGGGGAAGAAAAACAAUACUUGUAAAUUGCCAUAAAUAGCGUUUUGUCCCAUGACUUAUGACAUCAUCAUUCAAGAUAUCAACUACUGCUUCACAUUUUGGCGUCACACCAACCAAAUUUGAAACGACAAACCGAUAAACUUCAAAAAGGUUUGCAUAAAAUACAUGAAAAACGUAUACAAUUAAAAAUGUCCGACUUUCAGUUGGCCAGAGCUAAUGUGACAUACUAUGACAGCAAUGUGAUACCAAAUUUCGUGAAUAUCGGGGAAACUGUUUCCCAACUAAGGCCUUUCACUCAUUAGGGGCCCAAUGACUGCAGAACUUUGCACUUUUCACCAGUUCUGAAGCAUGUGCCAAUUUUUGUGUGUUUUUGAGCAUCUCAAGCCCCUAAAACAAAAUGCAAUUGUGCAGUAGAAUAAUAAUCGAAAGCAAUAGAUUCCUUGCACUCAAGUGUCAGGGACCAAUGGAGCUUUCAUAAAAUGUAUAUAGGCAUCCUGGAUGACGGAGAAAAUUGGAGUAUUUGUGUGUAUUUUUGAAGAGUUUUAAGCACGUUUGUUUUUGUUCAUAUAAAUUAACUGCUGUUAUUCAUUUUCAAGAUAUGAAUGCACAUUUAAUUCUGUACACGGCAGAAUAUAUUGAUGUACUGUAAGUUUUCCUAUGAUAAAACUAUUGUUUUUACUUUGAGUGAAGCAUUACGGUGAAAUGUUGUUUACAUAGAGAUAU